AUAUGUUUAUAUCAUAUAACAAACACAAAUAUUUUAAAUUUCUGGCUCCCCUGCUGCCUUGACACACCACAUGGUUGUACAAAUGCAAUUCCAGAAGUUAAAGUGGCUAUAAGUGACACAAAAGUGAAAGUUUUGGCUAUACAAGUGUAUUUUGCCUAA